AUGGUAUAACAACAUCAAAGUAAGAAUCCAUCCAAAGGAUUAAGGGAACAUUUAAUUAACGUAUCAGAUUGUGAAUGAAAUACUCAAGUCAAAAAUCUUCACUACCAUUCACUGUAAUUUGUAGAGUAGGAAAUGAUGUAACAAUUUUCAGUGGAAACCAAAAUUCGCGGCCCUUUGGCCAGAUUUAAAAUCACACCGCAAAUCAAAGUUCAGAUUGUUUGAGUCUUCCACCAUUUUUUUCAGCAGUAUACUUCCAAGAAAUCACUCUGCGUGGCUCACAGUCUGUAAUGAAGUUUCUUUUGAAAGUACCAUUUUUUCUUUCAUCGUUUCUGUAAUGCAACCAAGUCUAUAGGUUAUUAUUCUGAGAAAAAUAGUUUCUUUUCUGCUCAUUGACCACAAACUAAUCAUGGAUCUUAUCGCCAAGGCGCUGCAGACUGCUUUUUGGUUUUUUGUAAAUGGCGAACGUGAUGAAGGCGUAGACAGAGCAGGUAUAAAUAAUCUGCUCUCAGCCAGCACUUCACAACAACUUCAAGGACUUCUGCUUUUCAGCCAACAAGCAACAAGUAUGGAGAUGAUGAUGUUUGUGCUGGUGUCUGCUGUGGCCAUGCUGAUCAAUCCGUAUGCUGCAAAUCCUGUCCCUAACAACAACCUAAACCGUAUCAUUGACCUGGCUGAGAAAUACAACAAAGAUCUGAAUGAGAGGUUCUUUGUGGACGAUGUGUCUUACCUGGCUGACAGUGGAUGUGGGAAUAACUUCUUCUGCAAAGUGAAUGACAUCCUACAAAAGCAUGCCAAAAAUGAAAACGAGAAAGAUAUUGUGAGAAACCUGGGAAUAUUCAUUAAGGAAUCAAAUAUGAACUGCAAAGAAGUACUAAAGAAAGUAGGGCCGUCAGAAAAAGAACAGCCACUACCUGAUUUGCUGGGAAACCUCACCAAAUGUAUUCAGAGGAGAAAUUUCAUGGGAAACGUAACACAAGCUGCCUGGACAAGGGAGCAUGUCUCACAGCUCAAAUCAUCUCAGACUAGUUUCUUGAACAUGAAAACCUCACAACAAACCUGCCAGUUGACAUCUGAGCAACAGAACCACUUUAAGGGCUUCUGCUUGAAGACACGUCUUCUAGAGGUUUUCAGCCAACAAACAACAAGUGUGGAGAUGACGAUGCUCGUGCUGGUGUCUGCUGUGGCCAUGCUGAUCAGUCCAUGUGCUGCAAAUCCUGUCCGUAAUCUUACUCUCAGCGAUAGUCUUAACAGUAUCAUUGACAUUGUUGAAGAAUACAAUGAAAAUCUCACUAAGAGUUUCUAUGUGGAGGAUGUGACAUACUUGGUUGAAUCUGGAUGUGGGAAUAACUUCUUCUGCAAAGUGCAUGACAUCCUACAAAAGCAUCCCAAAAAUGGCAACGAGAAAGAUAUUGUGAGAAACCUGGAAAUAUUCAUUAAGAAAUCAGAUAUGAACUGCAAAGAAGUACUAAAGAAAGUACAGCCGUCAGAAAAAGAACAGCCACUACCUGAUUUGCUGGGAAACCUCACCAAAUGUAUUCAGAGGAGAAAUUUCAUGGGAAACGUAGCACAAGCUGCCUGAAUACCUUCGGUGAACUGGCUAACAUGUGAUAACUCUUUUAAGUGUAUUUCAGAAGUCAUGGGUUUUCAUAAUUUAAGAAUUUUUUCAUAUUUUAGGUUUUUUUUUAUAUAGUUUAGUAAGUUAUUACUGAUUUUUCUCUUUCUUUUUUAUGCAGUGCAGCUUUUAUUAUUUAUUAAGACUAAAUUCAGUACAUCACAAAGAUUUAGUUUGGUUGAACUAUGUUUAAACUGCAAAAGCAAAAAUAUAUCUGUAGCUGUCUUUAAUCAUUACAAAGGUUAAGAAAGCAACUUGAUGUGUUAAUGUACAACUGCAAAUGUGCUUCUUUUUUAAGUAAAAGUAAUAAAUUCUGGUUGUAAUAAUGUAUUUGCAUGAUAUUUUUAUUGUAACUCUCUCACGCCACAUUGUAACAAGUGUUUACAGAACAAUAAAUCACAUUUGCCCAGAAGUGGAA